CUCUCUCUCUUGUUCUCUGCAUUGAGCACUCCCAAACCCACACGAGUGGCUCCCUCCUCCAACUCUCUCAAAGUAAGAGUAACACAUAUUGAGAGAGAGAGAGAGAGAGAGAGAGAGAGAGAGAGAGACCAUUCCCUCUCCUCUGCUUCCCUUGUUUUUGUUUUUUUAUUUCUUGUUCUUCUUCUUGGGAACAGCUGCUUCAUUGGUGUCCUCCCCCUCCUCAAACCCUGUUUCUAAAAAGCUCUGUUUUCUUUCCUCCUUUUUUUUUUUUUGUCAAUGGCAUAGUAAAAAAGAAAGAGAAGAAGAAGAAGAAGAAGAAGAAAAAGAAAAAGAGAAGAAAAAAUCCCUCCAUUUUUCUGUAACACCUUUCAAACUGAGCAAACCCAUAAAAGCCCUUCUUUUUUUUUUUUAAUAUAUAAAAAAAUAUGGGUCCUCAGCAGGUUAAGUCUCCAGCAGAAAUGGGCUUCUUCACACCACCUUUUUUACCACCACCACCACCAUUUCAUGGGGGUUUUGGGCUUUCCAAUGGAGAUGUAGAGUGCAGAAGCAGUGGGAUGAGCUUUUCCAUGGAGCAGCAGCAGCAGCAGCAGCCAUUGGAGGGAGAAGCAGCUUCUGGGGGAAGCAGCCAUGGAGAUGGCCCCCAAAAGCUGUGUGCAAGGGGCCAUUGGAGACCUGCUGAGGAUGCAAAGCUUAAAGAGCUUGUGUCCCAGUAUGGCCCCCAAAACUGGAACCUCAUUGCUGAGAAACUACAAGGAAGAUCAGGGAAGAGCUGUAGGCUGAGGUGGUUCAACCAGCUGGACCCAAGGAUCAACAGGAGGUCAUUUGGGGAGGAGGAGGAGGAGAGGCUGCUGGCUGCCCACAGGCUGUAUGGCAACAAAUGGGCUCUCAUUGCCAGGCUCUUCCCAGGCAGAACAGACAAUGCUGUCAAGAACCACUUCCAUGUUAUCAUGGCCAGGAGGCAGAGGAGGGAGCUGCAGUCCUCCUGCACCUCUCCUUCUUACAGGAGGAGGAGGAGCAGCACCAGCACCAGCAGUCUCACCACCUCCACCCCCCACACCAUGAUGAUGAUGAUGAUGAUCAGCACCACUGAUCUCAAAGCAUCCAGUGCUGGUGGUGGAGAUCAUGAGUCCACUGUCACCACCAGCCCUGCCCACAGGGAGGAGUCUGCUGCUUCCACCUGCAGCACUGACCUCUCCCUCUCUCCCUUCACCACCACUUUUCACUUCAGCACAAGGUCUUCUUAUGAUGAAAAGGUGGCUGCAGGAAAUGGCUUCUUCCCCCAAAGUGCUUUUGGGUUCUCUGAUGCAGCUUCUGAGGCUUCAGCUACUGAACCAGCUACUAGUAAUAAUAAUAAUAAUAAUAAUAAUAAUAAUAAUCAGAUGAGUCCCUGGCUUUUUGGUGAAGUGGAAAAUCAGAGAGGGGAAAUGAGCCUCCCCUUCAUUGAUUUCCUUGGUGUAGGUGCAAAUUAAAGUUAUAGUGAGUUAUUAUAGUGAGUGGCUAAAAUGUACCAAGACCCUCUCAACUAUUGGUCCUUUCAAAUUGGCCCUUAACUUUUUCUUUAUUAUUAUUGACA